CGCCUCCCGCCCAGCCGCGGUCCUCGCCCAGGCCCUGCGCGGCACUCUCGCCAAGGGCCCCGAGGACAACAGCUCUUCCUCCCUGCUGCCCCCUUCUCCCUCAGAGAUGUCCCUGGCCAUGGGGAUGACAGAGGGUGGUGAGCUGGCCCCCGAGGCCCCACAGCCCACCCGCAUCGACGUGCACAUCCAUCAGGAGUCAGCCCUGGUCAAGCCCCUGCUGACCGGAUGCUACUCCUGGCUGCAGCGCCCAGCCAGCAAAACCCCAGGCAGCAGCCGGCUGCUGGUGGCCUCAUGGGUGGUGCAGAUUGUGCUGGGCAUCUUGAGUGGGGUCCUGGGAGGAUUCCUCUAUAUCUGCAUCUACUCCAGGCUGCUCGGCUCAGGGGCCGCCAUCUGGGCAGGCGUUGUGGCUGUGCUGGCUGGAGCUGUUGCCUUCAUUUAUGAGAAACAGGGUGGCAUCUGCUGGGGCCUGCUGAGGACCCUGCUGGCACUGGCAGCUUUCGCCACAGCCAUUGCUGCUAUUGUAUCUUGGGCCAAUAGUUUCUGGUAUGGCUAUGAUUAUAGCGACUAUGUCUGCAGAUGUGACUCCUCGUCAGGGUACUGGUACACCCCACCCCCCAGCACCCAGAGUCCGGACGAAGUCAGAAGGCUACACCUGUGCUCCUCCUACGUGAACAUGCUGCAGGCCUUGUUCAUAGGCCUUCAGGCCAUGCUCUUGGGUAUCUGGAUUCUGCUGCUCCUGGCCUCUCUGGCGCCUCUGUGGCUGUACUGCUGGAGAAGACUCCCGUGCAAGGAGGAAAAAGACCAGAAGAAGCUGCUGGAAGUGAGCGGCAGCUAGCCAUGCCCGGCGUCCCCUUCUGCCAUGGCAGCCCUGCCUCUGCCUUCUGGAAGAAGAACCAGGCGGGGAAGGAGGCUCUGCAGUAGCCCUGGUCCCUGUUGCAGCCACAGCCACUGCCCUGCUCCACCUGCUGUCACAGCAGCGCCUGCCCCUUUCCUGCUCCCUCACCACUCUGCUCUGCUGCGGGUCCCCUCUUGAGCAAUAAUUUGAUAAUAAACUCUCACGCUGUUGUUCACA